UCCACGGCCAGCAGCUCCACAGCUUCUCUGUGAUCCCGGGCGACCAGCCGUCUUUCCGUCUUUCAACAAACCCAACGCUUAGCCGCCCAAUUACUGGGGUUGUCCAGUAUAUAACGUCCGUCGGACAGCAUCCUUGCAACAGCCACGAAAUAUCGAUCGCCGUCAACCGCAGCGGCGAACACCGCGACUACAACUCGCAUCUAUUCUUCGAGGAGAUCGGAAAUACAGCACUCGGUUUAGAGGAAAUUCUCCGUAGUCUCAUCGACAUCAGCAUCACAUAACGAGCGAACACCGCAACAGUACCCACCGAUCCACGUUAACAAGCACCAGCUUCCACGUUAACCAAACCGAACCUACCAACAUUGCCCUUCCCAGCACAGCGCGCUUGUUUUAGCCCCAGGUUCAGUUUUCAAAAAAGGAAACAUCUAAAGGUUACCAUCCCGAAGGACGAAACAUCAUUAGCUUCAGGAUCCAGUCGUGACUAACUGCUACGGCUCUCGGAGAAAGGAACGUCAGAGCUUCAACCCCCCGAGAACAAUAAGAAGCCAGGGGAACCGCUAUAAAGGCCCCUAACCAUUUCCGCGCUCUCCACCGAACUCUUUCCCAUCAAAGCGACUUUUCCGCGACAUAUCCACAAAGACUUCUUUUGACAGUGACACCUGUCCUCUGUCUCACUCUUAUUCUCCAACUUCCACCACCCCGCAACCCAUCGUCCUCCACCGCCACUGCAUUGCCAGCAGCCGACUUCACAAUGCGAGCCGCCGUCGACCUCUACGAAUCGCCUGAACUCACCUCGUCCGAAGUCUGGUCCCCGGACUCGAAUGCUAAAUCAAGACUAUGCUCCGUGCUCGGGGCGCUCUCCAUCGCCGCCGUUGCUUCGUCCGUCGCUGUGUAUCAGUUUACAAGCGUACUAGCGAAUGCUUCGCCUAAAGCGCGAAUGCUCUCUGGACGAUAG